GGGGCGGCCGCGCCGCUGCCCGCCAUGACGCGCGCGGAGCCCGGCUGUGGCCGUACUGCCGCGGGCCGGGUACGCGCCGCGGGCUCCCCGCACCCCCCGCGGGGCUCCCGCGCCACCGCCCGCAGCGCUCAGGGCCGCGGCCACCGUCAGGAGGCGGCCGGAAGCCAGUGGGCGGGACCCCGCGGCCGUGCGCGGGCGGGCGGGGCGCCUGCUGACGUGGCGGCGGCGGCACCAUGCGGGGCAGUGGCGGCUCGGACACUAGGCCUGGACAUCACAGACAACAGAAGGUCAAGAGGUCUCUGGGAAGCAAAAAGUCUAAGCAAUUUGAGGAGGUGGAAACUACUGUCCUAGAACUGAACAGUAACUAUGAUGAGACAGUCAGCAACAUUUCUUCUGCUGCACCAAAGGGCCGAGUGAAUGGCAGCUCAGAGUCCAGAAGCAAGCGGACCAUUCGCAGGCCUGCUUACUGGCUGGAAAUGAGAGGAAUCAAAAACAGCACUAACAAGUCUUCAGAAAAAAAAGCAGCAGAAGUAUUAUUGAAAGGCAAGAGGAAAUCUGAGCAAGUGGAAAGCGAUGAUCUUAAAGACUCUCCAAAGAAGAAGCAGAAGAUUUCAGGAAAAAAACAGCAAGCUGGAACACAACAAAACUCCAAAACGAAAGGCCACUGUGUUCAGAAAGAACCAGAAACCUAUGGCACAGGUAGUAUGGAAGAGCAGUGGUCUUUGGAAAUUCAGGACAAAGGCCGAGUUACCUGUCCAACAUGUCGGGCUGUGGUGAGAAAGACUGUAGAAGGACUGAAGAAACAUAUGGUAAAUUGCAGGCAGGAAAUGUUCACAUGUCAUCACUGUGGGAAGCAGCUGAAGUCUUUAGGAGGGAUGAAAUACCAUGUCAUGGCAGACCAUAACAAUCAGCCGGUUGUGAAGGAGGGAGGAGAAUUGGAUGAGCAGCUUGAGCGAGACCGCCUUCGGAAGGUUUUGAAGCGUAUGGGAAAACUAAAGUGUACGAGGGAGGGCUGCACAGGCAGCUUCACUAGCAUAAUGGGAUACCUGUAUCAUGUUAAAAAAUGUGGGAAGGCAGCUUCUGAGCUGGAGAAAAUGGCUAUGAAGUGCCAUCACUGUGGAAAAGCAUACAGAUCAAAGGCAGGACUUGUCUACCAUCUCCGAUCUAAGCAUGGGCCGGUCACUUUCCUCCAUGAAGAGAGAAGAACAGAGAGCCUGAAGGAAACAAAACGGGAGCCAAACAGCACGGGCAGAGUUCAGAGGAGAUCUGCAAAGGUGGCAAUCUACUAUCUCCAUGAGCUAGCUGGAGAAGAGCUGGCCAAAGAGUGGCCCAAGAGGAAAGUUUUGCAGGACUUGAUUCCAGAUGAUCGCAAGCUUAAAUAUACUCGUCCUGGACUGCCCACAUUUAGUCAAGAUGUGCUGUGCAAAUGGAAAACUGAGAUAAAGAUGUACCGAAGAGUCCACUGCCCAAAUCAGGGUUGUGAAUCUGUAUACGGCAGUGUCUCAGGACUCAAAUCUCACCUUGGCACAUGUACUUUGGGAGACUUUGUGGCUGGUAAAUACAAGUGUCUUCUGUGUGAGAAGGAGUUCAUUUCAGAGAGUGGAGUCAAGUAUCACAUCAACUCUGUGCAUGCUGAGGACUGGUUUGAUGUGAAUACAACUACCACCAAAAGCUUUGAGAAGCUAAUGAAAAUCCGCCAAAGAGAAGAGCAGAGGAAGCAGCGGAAGAAACGUCCUUUGACCAGGGGCAAAAAGAAGAGAACUGCAACCCUGGCUGCCAAGAAACUCCCCACUGCUGGAGUUGAGAAAAUGAGAAGAAGUAAGAGAGGUCGUCCAAAGCGGGUGGACAAUGAGAGUGCGAGUAGUGAGGAGGGGGAGCCUCAAGUUGCACAGAGAGCCGAAUUUCCAAAAACCAGCCGCAAGCGAGGCCGGAAGUAAGUCCCUAGAAGAAGAGAAGGGAUAAUCCUAAAGCUUUUCAGUUACAAGCCCCACUUCUGUCAGGCUCAUAACCCACAGCGCUAAUAUAAGCAACUGAGUGUCUUUGGGACUGUGACUCCAUUCUACUCAGUGACCUUGAUUUUGAAACUGUCGCCUCUGGUCAGUUGUGAGAGACUUCAAACCAAAGCUGUGGUACAGAGGAUGCCUCUCCUGGUGUAGUACCCUUGGACAGUGGCACUAGCAGUGUACCCAGUAUAGUUACUGCUCUGGUUACAGUCUCAGUUUGGGUCACAUUAGUUGCUUGUUUAGUGGUUUCCAGUACAGCAGCUGUCUGUUAUGUCAUCUUUCUCUGAUGGGUGAGAUCAGGGUUCUUUUUUAGCAGUUCUUCCUCUAAGGGACUGACUAGCACAGUGUUUAGGUCUCUUUAAAGGGGGAAUCCUGUCUUGCACAGUAUGCACACAAACUAAACAGUGCUGUGCAGAAUACAGAGGUUUUAGCUUGCCCUGUUACUGUACUGUCUGUUGUCAGCAAGGAUGCCAACAGGCAGGAAAUGCAACUCUAGUGUGUACUCCAGUCUCUGUCGCACAAGGCACUGUCUCUACUUCAUACACUGAUGCUUAGGCUCAGCACCAGACAGUAGCAUGUGAGCUCUGGUCUGCUCAUAAGUGAUGGUACAUCAUUAUUACCUUCGUCAGGAACCCAAUUUUCCCCUGGCAUCUGUCUUCUGUAGCACUGGGCAUUAAAUGUAUGUAAAGGGUCUUCCAGUCCAGUGAGGAGUAAAUACUCUCCAGCCUUUUGGAGAUUCACUGGCCCUACAAACCCCCAGUAACUACUGUAGUGAGGUGGUCUUCUUGGGCCCUCUGAAUACCACUUGUUUCAGACUCACUUGGGAAACAAACUUGCUGCAAGACGGUGCAUAUCUACAAUAGCAGUCUUGCUGAUGCUAAAACCCAGGUUCCAUUGAACUGCCUUGCCAGUGGUGGUCUUUAUCAUGCCCAUGCUCCUAUAGUGUUCUUUUUUUCUAUGCUAUAGAUGGCACCUUCAUUGUGUUAUAUCACCUGCUUCUUUCCAAUGCUGCUUCCUUUGUGUGAAUGACGUACAUGAGCAGUGGCUUCCCUGUGUGGAAAAGGUUAAGAGAAGAGGGUUCAUUAUUUUAAGCCACAUGUUGGCAUGAACUCUGCAUCAUAGGGAGUAUCUCCUGUGCUCCAUAAAUGCAGCAGAAGCUGGUAGGAAGCAGCACCACAGGCAGUCAUACUCUGUCUUUCAGAGAAUGGGUUCUCCAGAAUUCCUGUUAUCCAAAGACUCACUGUACCAGGAAGUUGCAAAAUUUGGCCUUUUUCUUGAAGUUUUCCAGGCAAGAAAAUAGGCAACUGGCUCCACGUUAUCUCCCUGUGAAUUUUCAUUGUCUAACAGACUUGUUGGUUCUGAAAUUCACAGGGAAGCCAUUGCAGUGCCUGAUGAACGGGUGAGCUUAUAUAUAUAAAAUCAUAGAAUGGUUUGGGCUGGAAAGGACCUUAAAAUGAUCCAGUUCUAACCCCCCUGCUGUGGGUAGGGAUGCUUCACCCUCACCCUAGACCAUGUCGCCCAAGGCUCUGUCCAGCCUGGCCUUGAAUACUGCCAGGGAUGGAGCAUUUACCGCUUCUUUGGGCACCCUGUUCCAGUGCCUCACCACCCGCACAGUAAAAAACUUCCUUAUAUCUAACCUGAAUAUGCGUCAUUACCAGCAUAAUCACACUGGCACCGACAGUGGGAAGGGCUGUAUGGCCAAGGGUGUUCUCAAUAACUGCCUCUCCCAUAUAGUAAGCAAAGCAGACCCCAGCUGAGCAUGGUCUGUCUCAUGGGGAUUAACACGUGUAUGGUAGUGAGACAGUAUGUAGUGCUCCAUUGUGAUCUACAUGCAGUGGUUACGCUGCCUUUUGGAACCAGCUGUCACUGUGGUUGCAGUGCUGUGCUGAAAGUAUAAAUUGUGUGCAGGGUGUGGAAGGUGUGCAGGAAGGUGGGCAAGGUCAGAAGACAACAAAAUAAAAUGUCACCAGUGCGAGAAUGUGGUUUCUUGUCUGUUUGGUCUAUACUGUUUUUGGUUCCAUCCCCAUUUGCACAACACAUCCCAGCCUGCCCACUUGGUUGUCCUGCAUGCUUUGGUCCUGUUCAGUUGUCUGCACCAUUUCUCCUCAGUACUCUACACAGCUGUACUUUGACCACACAUGUUUACUACUUUCCCACCCAAUAGAUGGACAAGAUAAACCAAUGAAUUAAAGGAGGUUUUUCUUAGUGAAUUUCAGUCUAGAGUCCUUUUUACUGACAUUUUUGAGUUACUAACCAGACCCGCUUUCUAGAUUCCACUUCCAGGUGGAUACUUCGUGACCACCUGGAUUUUGUAGUUACAUCAACAACAUAUUCCCCCACAUAACAUGGCAUGUGGAAAGGAAUUAUUAUUCCAUAGUCCAUUCAUGCUCCGUCAGUGUUACAGCAGAUUAUUUGCUGGAUUGGCUCAAGCUGGUAAGAGGUGGUAGCACUGCUGCACCAGCAUAGUCCACUGCUGCUGAGGAGUGUGAUCUGUGCAGGAGCACCUUGCUGUAGAUGCAGUGAGGCAGGUUACCAAUAUGACUGCAGCUGUGCUCUGCUGCUCUGAGGGCAUUGGAAAAUUUAGCCUUGAGGAAGGUAUUUUAAUCAGGGAAUCCACAACAUCACAUGUAUCCAGGGCUAUAAAUUAACAUUAAAAAAACUGUUAAUUGUACUAUGCUUACCACUGUUCAAGCACCUAUGAGUGUACUGUCCAAUCCAUUGUUGAGUUCAGUUAGCCUAACAUCUUGCAAAUCCAGGUAUAGAAUAGAGAAUCAGAAUGGUUUGGGUUGGAAGGGACCUUUAAAGGCAGUCUAGUCUACCUCUCUUGCCAUAGGCAGGGACACUUCACUAGAUCAGGUUGCUCAAAACCCCUUGAGCAAAACUUGAUUUUGAACACUUCCAAUGGUGGGGUAUCCACAGCUUCUCUGGGCUAGUAUCUCACCACCCUCAUCAUAAAAAGUCUUCCUUAUGUCCAAUCUAGCUUUACCCUCUUUCGGUUUAAAACCAGUGUUCCUCGCCCUGUCACUGCAAGCCUUUUUGAAAAGUCUCUCCAUCUCUUAUAAGCCCCAUUAUAUGCUUAAGGCUGCAAUAGGGUCUCCCUGAAGCCUUCUCUUUUCCAGACUGAACAACCCAACUCCCUCAGCCUUUCUUCAUAGGAGAGGCAUUCAAGCCCUUUGUUUUCAUAGCCCUGCUCUGACAGGUCCAUGUCUUUUGUACUGUGGGCCCCAGAACUGGAUGCAGUGGUCCAGGCAGGGUCUCACUAGAGCAGAGUAGAGAAUCACCUCCCUCAACCUGCUGGUGGUGCAGCCCAGGAAAUGUUUGGCUUUCUGGGCUGCAGGCACACAUUAUCUCAUGUCCAUCUUUUUUUGGUAUCUCCCAAGUCCUUCUCUGCAGGGCUGCUCUCCAUCCAUGGAUCCCCCCAGUGUGUAUUGACAUUGGGGAUUGGUCUAACACAUGUGCAGGAUCUUGCACUUGGCUUUGUUGACCUUAACAAGGUUCACGUGCACUCACUCCUCAAGACUGUCCAGGUCCCUCUGGAUGGCAUUCCUUCUCUCCAGUGUGUCAACUGUGCCACACAGCUCAGUGUUAUGUGCAUACCUGCACUCAAUCCUUCUGCCUACAUCACUGAUGAAGAUUUAAAUACUAUCAGUGCCAACACGGACCCCUGAGGGACACCGCUUGUUGCCGAUCUCUAUUUGGACAUUGAGAUGUUUGUUGACUGCAACUCUUUGGAUGUGGCCUUCCAGCCAAUUUCUUACACACCGAAUAGUCCAUCCAUUAAACCCAUAUCUUUCCAGCUGCAUCUUUGGAGGAGCCUGAGGGAUGCAAGUGCAAUGUACAGAGGUUAGUGGAUGUAAUACUGAAUUUCAGUUUGUAAUACUGAAUUUCACCUGCUCUUCCACCUCCUAACCACUUAGUAUUCUAAAAUGCUUUAGCAUUUCUUUGUGGUUACCAUUCGGUUUUUAUUGCUCUGUAUAAUCCUCAAACCUGGUCUUAAUCCCUGCCCACUUUCUAGAUCAAGGGGAGAGCAGCUCGGUGUUAAUGUGGAUCCCUAUGGGACAUCCAGAGUGGCCUCACUCCCCUGAAAAUGCCAAAUGUCUCCUCCAAAUGCUUCCUCUAACCUCCAACCAAGAAAACCAUCCUGUUUAAUGCAUGGCAGUUUCACUUUUUAAAAAAGUAUGGGUGAGGGACUUCAUCAGAAUCUUUUGGAAAUUCAAAUAGAUGCAGCAAGAAAUAGUUAAAGAUACGUGGAAAAGUCUUCUUGUGAGGUUUACCUGUUUUCAAAAUACUUAAGAGAUGUGUGAAGUCUGUCUUCCUUUUAUGGAUAUCCUGGUGCCUCCCUCAUACUCCAUCAUUCCUUUGCACAUUAGUCCUUCUCUUCACUAUAACCCUUAUUGCCACACGGACUGGUCUCUGGUUUCCUUGAGGUGAAGCAGCUGCCCACAGACACAGCACCACGUUGACCAUCUGUCCGCAUACAGAGCAGCAGGAGCACUGACAGCCUGGCUGCAAUGCUGACUGUGGAUGCCCAGAAAGAGCACAGCCAUCCAAGGGCAGGUGAAGUACAGGCCUUUCUGUCCACCACAUCACACCCAGGGAUAAGCAUGACCUGCAGCAUGCAGGGGGCGAAGAGCCCUCCCUGGUCAUGAGGCCAUGAUUUUCAUAACCUUUUAUAUGGUUCUGUCUCACCCAGGAAUCACUAGGAUUGUUUCUCUGUUCAUGGUUAGUCUAUGAUAAAAUAAAGGCUUUAUUUGAAUAA